AUGGCAGCUUUUUCAUAUCAACUACCUUUUCUUGUUGACUCUUCAUCUUACUUCACUAAUAUAAACAAUUCCCUUGCUGCUCACACUCUUCAUGUUCAUCAAGAUAACUCUCUUAGUAAUCAAGAAACUAGUUGUGUUGAUGAUCAAUCCUCUAAGAAUAGUUUAAGUCCUGAAUCCUCUAUGGUGGUUGAUAAUCUUGAAAAGGGUGAGCAAGUUACUCAGAAAGUGAGUUCUAUGGAGAAGAAGAGAAGGGUUAGAACAAACAAGUCUUCUUCAAGUAGCCCCUUAUCUAAGGAGUCAAAAGAAGGAAGAAGCAAAAAACAAAAGAAGACUAGUGGUGAAGGGAAGAAAGGAGAAGAGAAGAAGUUUUCUGAAGAGGCUCCAACUGGCUAUAUCCAUGUCAGAGCAAGAAGGGGUCAGGCAACAGAUAGCCACAGCCUUGCUGAAAGGGUGAGAAGAGAGAAAAUAAGUGAAAGGAUGAAGAUAUUGCAGCAACUUGUGCCUGGCUGUGAUAAAGUAACCGGAAAAGCUCUUGUGUUGGAUGAAAUAAUCAAUUAUGUACAGUCCUUACAGAAUCAAGUAGAGUUCUUGUCAAUGAAAAUUGCUUCAGUGAAUCCAAUCUUCUUUGACUUUGCAAUGGACUUAGACAUGGUUAGACCAGAUCAUGAGAGAUUAAGUAGCAUAACAUCACCAUCACCAUCAUCAACACCACUACAAUCUGUACCAUUAUGCAGCUCCAACCAUGCCACACCUUUUGCUGACACAACCCUCACAAGCUUCCACCAUGCUGCAGCUAAUAAUGAAUAUCUUUUGGAUUAUUCAUCUCCAGUUUUUCAUCAAGGACAGAGGUCAAAUACCUUCUUUGAGCACAGUGAUGGGCCAUAUUGGGAGUUAGAAGAGCAACGACAAAAGCUUCUUAAUCCAUAUGGAUUCAGCAAUAAUACAUGUUCCUUAAAUUAG